AUGGAUUGCUUGGUUCUCCCGGUGGUUCUGUUGCGGCGACGUUCUUUCACGUCCAGACUCGGGUACCGGACUUUGUCGAAUGAAGACGGGGAGAAUUCGGUGACUGUGAUUGUUGGGAAGGAGAAGAGGGAGUUCUUGGUGGACCGUUUUGUGUUGGAGGAAGACCCAUUUCGGGUACUGUUCGAGAUGACGAGGAAGAAAGAGAAGUUGGACGGUAACGAAGAGAAAGGGGUGAUUUUCGUUGAUAUUGACGCAAUUCUGUUCGAACACAUGCUGUGGUUGUUGUACAAUGAUUGUUCUUCUCUUUUUCAGCUGAAUCUUAAGGAGAUUAUAGACUUCUAUUCUCAAGAUGCUUAG